GUCUUAUUGUCUGGGAGUCACCAGAAAAUGUUGUCCUCAGCUACUUUCAUGAAUUUGUUGAGCAAUGCUGUCACAUACAUUGUCAUUUUGAUGCUGAAUGUCCUCAUGGCAGUGCGCUACUUCAACGCAACCUACCCCGAGACCGCGAGACUUAUCACGAUGCUCUUGGCAGCAUAUAUAUUGUUCAAAUGCUUCAUGCGGAUCGUGCGAUUCUGGUGGGGAGUCUUCAAGUUUUCUGUGAAAGUGACGCUUCUUUUUAUUGCGGCACUCUUGGCAUUGGGUGCCUACUACCGAGGGCCGCAACGUUUCUUUAUGAAAGACCUUCCAUUGGUUUAUCGGAUCUACCAGAAAUUGAGACAGAAACAAAGGGAAGCUUUGAACAACUUGCCCGCGGCCCAGGAAAUUUUGGGGAAUCCCAUUCUAGAUUCUGCUGUAGAAAAGAACAGCGCUCUUGGGUGGCUUUCUGGGAAUGCUGCGCAGCUCAAUGGCGAAAAUCAGAAUUUCGCAGAGAAUAACGUGAACUACAUCCAAGAUUUCGUGAAGAAGAACGUUUUGAAAACACUUUUGAACGCCGGGUAAAGCUUGGGGAGCUAUAGCGUGCUCAGGGCUACGACUCGAGAAAAAUAAAAUAGUAUACUAUGUAAUAACAUAACGUCAAGGCAUGAUAUAUGAAUCGGGAAGCCCC